AUGUCGAACUCCACAGCUCAAUCCAAGGCCGACCCUUCUGAGGAGCCCCAGCAACAGAAGCCCCAAGUGCUUGAGGAGGAUGACGAGUUUGAGGAUUUCCCCGUUGAAGACUGGCCCCAGGAAGAGGCCGAGGCAACCAACGGCGGCAACGAGCACCUGUGGGAAGAGAGCUGGGAUGACGACGAUGCCGCAGAGGACUUUUCCAAGCAGUUGCAGGAGGAGCUGAAGAAAGUCGAGGCAUCACACUAA